GCAAGCGGUUCUGUUGGCGGAAAAGUGAAAAUAGAGCCUGAAAACUGAAAAAAGUAAACCCCUCGAAGAAAAUAACAGCUCUAGAAACGCGGAAAUAUUUGCAAAUUGAGUGUGUCUUGUGCCGAAUAAAACAGUGUUUAAAAUAAAACGAAAAAGACUACAAUCGCUGCGAUCGUUCGCCGUUUAAAAAAUCCCACAGUUACAGAUUGCCGGUAGAUGUGAAUUUAUUAAUGUUUUCUGGCAUCGAAUGUUUCCAAAUGCAAGGAACACCGGCUCAAACCGCCUUUUUCGGGCUUCAGGCUUCAGCGAUGCGAAAAUAGUUCGCGAAAACGCAGCAGGCGACGCGUCUUUUUGGCUCUCGAGCUCUUGAAAAGGGCAUGAAAACUCGAAAACUGGGGCCAAUAAAAGAUACAUACAAGAAAAAUAAGCGAGUGCGCGAAUUCGACUGCGUGUGCGCUGCGAAUGUGUUUGUGCGAAGCCAAAAAAAAAAGAUGAAAAUCCAACAAACAAACAAAUAAAACUAGUGUGAAGAAUAAUUUGCGCUGUUUAAACAAUUAGCCGCAAAACAAACGCCGGAAUUGAGUGCCUGUGCGGCUGUUUGUGUGUGUAUCUGUAUCCCAGGAAUGCGCAGUCGCGCAUGCGCAAAUAUUUGUGAUUUGUUUUGAAAGGAGAGAAGGAGCGAAAGAGAGAGGGAUAGGAUUGGAUUGGAAUAAAAAACACAUCUCCUGGCAUUCGCAAAAAGAGUGGUGACUUGACAAUAUGACUCCGAGGUCGUAGACUCCGGGAAAUCAAGGAGGGGGACGAAAAAAACCGAAACGACACAAGGCAAACAAGGAACCAACACGAAAAUGUCCGGCAAUCAACAACAGCAGCAGCAGCAACUACAACAACAACUACAACAGCAGCAGAAGUCAUUAACUAACAACACGACGGCAGCAACUACAAACGGAGCAACCACUUUGGGCCAUAAUUUGAUAAAAAUAAAUAGCGUUGACAAAAUAAUAGGCAAAGCCCAGGCAGCGACGCAGGCAAUUAACAAACUACAGCAGCAACAACAUCAGCAGCAGCAACAACGACGCUCUUUGCUGCCGGCAACAGGAGGAGCAGCUGCUAAUCCCCACCAGCAACUCAGCAACUCAGCGCAGCAACAAAGCGGAACGCCAACGCCGGCGGCUCAGUCGCCAGCCCAAAAGCAGCAGCAGCAGCAGCAACAAUCACAUCAAUUGCAGACGGUGGCCACGAUACACCAGCCGCACUCCACGCAGCAGCAACAUCAGCAGGCUCUGACUUCCCGCCUGCCCAUCCAGCAGCAAUCCGCUAAAGAAUUGCCCAAUCUAGCUGCCCAGCAGCCGUCGCAGCAGCGCCGCAGCUUCCACUACCAGUUGCAACAUCAGCAGCAGCAGCAACAUCAGCAGCAAUCUCUGCGCAGCCCGCAGCUAAAGGCACCGGCACCCGCCCACUCCAUCCCACCGAGGUACCAGCCGCCCCCGCAGCCCGCCACCGGGAUCCUCAAGCCACCGCAUUUGCCCCUCAAGUAUCCGCCGGAUAUUCCCCAGCUAUCCAGCAUCUACAUACCCGACUCCAUCAAGCAGCAGCAGCAGCAGCAGCAGUCGCGCUAUCUGCAACACCAAUCCGGAGGAGGAGGAGGAGCGAAGGAUAUGCUCAAGUUUGUGCGCAAGCCGGACCAGGAACACCCAUCGCCCAAUGCCUCGGUCACGUCCAGCGGCACGGGAAUACCCACGGUUAAUGGGGGAGGAGGAAGGCUGACCGCCGAGCAGAACCGCCAGCUGCAGUCGCUGGUGAACGAGCUGCGCGCCCUGAAGGAGCAGAAUCAGCGGCUGCUGGACGACAACCAGGAGCUGAGGGAUCUGUGCUGCUUCCUGGACGACGACCGGCAGAAGGGUCGCAAGUUGGCCAGGGAGUGGCAGAGAUUCGGGCGAUACACGGCCAGUGUGAUGAGGCAGGAGGUGGCCGCCUACCAGAACAAACUACGUCAGCUGGAUGACAAGCAGCAGGAGCUAAUCACCGACAAUCUGGAGCUGAAGGAGCUCUGCCUGUACUUGGACGAGGAGCGCGCCCAUGUGGCGGCCAAUGCGCUGUGCGCCGGCUGCGGAGCGGCCACCAGGAAUGCGCUGCGCGACGAUGGAGAUGGUUCCAGCUCGAGUACAAAUGCGGAUGAGACCAUCACGGCAUUGAGGAACUAUGCGGAGCAAAGGCAACUGCCACAGGAUCUACGUCAUGCCCACACGCUGAACGACCAGACGCUUCAGUAUGUACGAUCCCUAGAGCGGAGGAUCCAGCAGCUGGAGGAGGAGCGCACCACGCCCACCGCCCACCUGCAGCAGCCGACGACGCCAACGCCGCAGGCCACACCCACGCCCACAUCCGCAUCCGUCACACCAGCCUCCGCCAAAGCAGCAACAUCGCCCCACCAGCAGCAACAUCAGCAAUCGCAGCAAUCGCAGCAGCAACAGCAGGAGAUUGUGGCCGCUGCAGCGGCAGCAGCGGCGGCUAUCCAACUCCCAGAGCCAAUUGCCGGACGCCCGGAGGCGGUGGUGCGUGCCCUCCAGGUGCUGGAGGUGCGGGAGCAACUGGAGCGCGAUCGCCUGGGCAAUCUGGCCGGGAGCGCCCUGGAUCAGAUGGACGACGGGGAGAAGGCGCUGGUGCGAGAGAUGUGCAACGUGGUGUGGCGCAAACUGGAGGGCAGUCCACAUGGACCGGCGGCCCUGGAGCCGCUUUAAACCGGGAGAAGCAACCUGAACACCGGGCUAACAUAUAGACUAUAAUG